AUGAGUGUUCUACUGGAGACUUCUUUGGGCGAGAUUGUAAUCGAUCUUCUAGUCGAUAAUUCACCCAAAUGCUGUGAGAAUUUUCUGAAACUGUGCAAAGUCAAGUACUACAACUUUUCACCAUUCCAUAGUGUUCAGAAGGGUUUCUCUUGCCAGACUGGAGACCCUCUCGGACCAGACUCACCCGAAAGUGAUGGCGGAAGCUCGAUCUGGGGCCUCAUAUCCGGCCCCUCAAAGAAGAGCUUUGUGGCAGACAUUGAUCCAAAGCUAAAACAUACGCAGCAGGGGACGGUCAGUAUGGCCACUGUGCCUUCACCCAACGAUGCUGAUCAGCGACUCGCGGGCAGUCAAUUCAUUAUAACACUAGGCGACAACAUUGACUAUCUUGAUGGAAAGGCUGCUCCUUUUGGUAUGGUGGUGGAAGGUUUCGAUACCCUCCAGAAGAUCAACGAGGCGUUCACAGAUGCGAAUGGGAGGCCACUCAAAGACAUUCGUAUUCGACAUACAGUCAUCUUAGAAGACCCUUUUGAUGAUCCCCCGGGGCUUACAGUACCAGACUCGAGUCCUGCACCUACGAAGGCCCAACUGGCCACGGUCAUGAUUGCCGAUGAUGAGGAAUUGGACGAAGAAGUGGAUGAGGCUGCCAUGGAGAAAUUGCGCCGAGAACGGGAAGCGCGCGCACAGGCUCUGACUCUUGAAAUGGUCGGUGACCUUCCAUUUGCAGAAGUCAAGCCACCCGAAAAUGUCCUGUUCGUCUGCAAACUGAAUCCCGUCACCACCGAUGAGGAUUUAGAAUUGAUCUUCAGCCGAUUUGGGAAGAUUCUGUCGUGUGAAGUGAUCAAAGACAAACGGACAGGAGACAGUCUUCAAUAUGCGUUCAUCGAGUUUGAAAACCAGAAGGAUUGCGAGCAAGCCUACUUCAAGAUGCAGGGUGUUCUGAUCGACGACCAUCGCAUCCACGUGGACUUUUCACAGAGCGUCUCCAAGCUUUCUGAUACCUGGAGAAAUUCAACCAAUUCCAAACGUGCGAGACAAGCCGGGGGAUUCGGCGGCAUUGCGAGUCUCGAAAAGAGGCGGCACUACCGGGAAGACGAUGGCCGGGACUAUGACAAGGGGGACUACAGAAUGGUCUUUGACAAAAACGAGAUCCGGCGGAACAGAGAUGCUCAGCCAGAGCAAGACCAUCGAACUUCAAGAAGUCGAAGUCGAAGUCGAAGUCGAAGUCCGCGGUAUGACAAGCGUGAUGCAGAGCAUGGUCAUCGUGGAAAAGAAAGGAGAUCCCGUGACGAUUAUCACGACAGGCAAAGAGAUAGAUAUGACGGACGAGCUCGCGAAAGGGCCGGGGACAGGGAUAGAGACGGACGGAGAGGAGGGUACCGCCCUGAUCCACGGAGGGAGAGAGACAGAUGA